AUGGCUCCCCAGGGGAUGGCUGCGGGCGGGAGCAGGGCAGCCGAAGCGGCGGCAGAGCUCCCAGAGGCUACAGCGGCUGCGCCGUCGCCGUGGCCGAUGCGGCGUGCCAGGCAGGGCGCUGCCCGUGGGGCGGCGGCUGGGCGCCUGGCGGCGGCGCUGCGGCGCGUGCUCGACCUCGAGGCGCUCGUGGAGGGCUUGCAAGCCGACCUGCGCCACGCGGUCGCGGCGGGCGAGGCCGCGGCCCUGGCUGCCUCCUGCGCCGCCUCUGCCCCCGCGAGCGGCGGGGCCGCCGCCAAUGGCGUGGGGGCCGCAGGCGGUUCUCCCGAGCCGAAAGCCGUGGCGGCUGAGCUCGUGCAGCGCCUGGCGCUCGUCGCGCCCGCGCUGGAGGCGGACAUCGCAGGCACGGACGCGAGCGCCAUGGAGGUGGGCAGGCGCAAUGUGGUCGUCUCCCACCACCCCGCGCUCCCCGCCGCGGACGUGCGGGCGAUGCCGCAACGGGAGCUCAACCGAGUUCAGCGUGAAGCGAGGGUGCCUGCGGCGCCUCGCGGGCAGGCGAGCCCCCUCCCGGCGCUGUCGCCGCCACCGGUGAUGAGCGGGGCGCGCUGGUGGGCGUGGGAGGCCGAGACGCUCGGCAGGAGCGACACCAUCCUGGAGUCCGAUGCCGUCCCUGCUGGUCCACAUGGCGGGGCUGUGCAGGACGUAGGGGAGGGUGGACACCUUGCUCCUGGAGAUGCUGGAUGGGAGUCUGGCGGCGUGAGCGUGGAGAGCGGCAUCGGCGACGAGGACGACCUGCCCUUCUUCGAUCCUGAGUGCGACGUCUCGGGAGGCGCCUGCGACGACUUCGAGGAUGUGCUGGAGUGCGAGGGGAAGGUCUUGGCGGUCGGCAUGCUGCUGCGGAUGCGCUGGAGGCUGAGGCGGAAGAUCACGACGAUCUUCACGGUGCCCCUCGUGGGGGGCAUGUUGGGGCUCGUGCUCGCCGUGUCGACGAGGGCCGAGCUCGAGAUGGUCAUCGUGCACAGGGGUGGCACGGUCAAGGAGCUGCAGACCGACGCCGUGCCCGACGCGGAGUGCCUGGCGCAGUCCGCCGCCCUGCUGGGGGACGACGCGCAUGCUGGGGGGCAGCCCGUCGUCUCGCCUGCCCGCCGUCUCGUGGUCCUCCGUGGGCACGUGGAGGUGGCCACGCGCGUGGACGUGAGCAGGAGGCUGGCUGCCGCCAGGUGCAUCCAGUGGCACUGGCGGGACUGGCGCGCCUCUGGGGCCUGCCUGAGGUACACACUGGCCUGCAUUGCUCAGCUCAAGGCGGAGCUCCAGCAGUCUCGCCUCAAGAAGGUCAAGCGCGGCAGGUAG